UCUAAACGCAUAAUAGAUAUCUGUGCAUGCGCUUCUCUGCGGUCACCGGCUGUUAAUAGCUAGCUGGCCUGCUGAGGGUACCCGUAGAUCUCGAAAGGAUGGCGGGUAAAGUAAAAUGGGUCACGGACAUUGAGAAGUCAGUUAUCGUGAAUAAUUGCGAGAAAAGAGGCUGGGUACAAGUGUCUGAGAAUGAGGACUGGAAUUUUUACUGGAUGAGUGUGCAGACAAUACGAAAUGUAUUUAGUGUGGAAACAGGUUAUCGUCUUUCAGAUGAUCAGAUAGUCAAUCAUUUUCCAAACCAUUAUGAAUUGACAAGAAAAGAUCUGAUGGUGAAGAAUAUCAAAAGAUAUCGAAAGGAGCUUGAAAAGGAAGGAAACCCAUUGGCAGAAAAGGAUGAAAAUGGGAAGUAUAUUCAUUUAGAUUUUGUUCCUGUAACUUUCAUGCUUCCUGCAGAUUACAAUUUAUUUGUUGAAGAAUUUCGAAAAAACCCAUCAAGCACUUGGAUUAUGAAACCCUGUGGAAAGGCUCAGGGAAAGGGUAUAUUUCUCAUAAAUAAGCUUUCUCAGAUAAAAAAGUGGUCCAGAGACAGCAAAACCUCUUCGUUUAUUCCUCAGCCAUCAAAGGAAGCUUACGUCAUCUCUCUCUACAUUGACAACCCACUGCUGAUUGGUGGAAAGAAAUUUGAUCUGCGUUUGUAUGUGCUAGUGACCACAUAUCGUCCAUUGAAGUGUUACAUGUAUAAACUAGGUUUCUGCCGUUUCUGCACAGUGAAGUAUACACCGAGUACUAGUGAGCUGGACAACAUGUUUGUGCACCUUACAAAUGUUGCCAUACAGAAGCAUGGGGAGGACUACAAUCCAGUUCAUGGAGGAAAAUGGACAGUGAGCAACCUUCGUCUCUAUCUUGAGAGCACCCGUGGCAAAGAAGUCACUUGCAAACUCUUUGAUGAAAUUCACUGGAUAAUUGUGCAGUCGUUGAAGGCAGUUGCUCCUGUAAUGAACAAUGACAAACACUGCUUUGAAUGCUAUGGAUAUGAUAUCAUAAUUGAUGACAAGCUGAAACCCUGGCUUAUUGAGGUUAAUGCCUCACCAUCCCUUACAUCAAGCACGGCAAAUGACCGAAUUCUCAAAUAUAACUUGAUUAAUGAUACACUCAAUAUCACAGUUCCGAAUGGUGAGAUUCCAGAUUGUAAGUGGAAUAAGAAUCCCUCAAAAGAAAUGCUUGGAAACUAUGAAAUUCUAUAUGAUGAAGAAUUAGCACUGACUGAUGGACUUGAUCGUGAUCUUAAAAGCCGUUCUGGACAGUCACUAGGAUCCCGAGGAGGGAGGCUAAGAGAUGCUGGGAAACCUAUACUUGCAACAUGGAAAUAAACACACACAACUCUGCUAAAAUUCAUUUCAGAAAUACAGUUUGAAAAUACAUUAAGCGUAAUUAGUAAUUAAACUUAAUUAGGAUAUCAGCUCUGUUGUCUAUUACAGCUUUCUGCUGUACCUAUAUACAUUUUAUAUAUGUGUGUGUGUUCAUUAAGUGUUGUAACCUGCAUGUGCCUUUACUGAAGCAGAUAUACCUUGGAAGGUUGCUAGUAUAUAGUAUUUAAAACAGAACUAAAAAGAAAUUGCAUGUUUGAGUUGAACUUCCAGGAAGUGAUCAUAAGUGUGUUUUAGGACAAAAUUAUUGGGUUUCGAGUGACUCUGUAUAUAUGUGUAUGUAGAGAGGAGUAAACGUAGGUAUGACAUGAACCUGUUUAAUUAAUUAUCAAGAAACAGUCAACAAAACUUUGGCUAAAGCAUGCCAUGUUGAUUAAAAUGAAAUUGUCUUGGUCUUUUUCCAAAUUGGAGGGAAUUAUAUAUACAAUACAAGAGUCAUAGAGCUGGAAACAUUUUAACAUAACUUCUGUUAGUGCCAUUUACCAGGAUGUUAACUGCAAAUAUGUUUCUGGUUACUGACUGGCCAUUGUGAACAAACCAUGGAGUAUACAGACAGUAUCCAUGCAGGCUUUCUUUUGUUUUCUAUCCCCCUGUCAUUAUUUUUUAAUUUUGUCCAGAAGCUUAAAAUAAGGAGCAACAUUUUCCUACAUUCUACACAAGACUGGGAUCCAGGAAUUGCAUCCAUAUGAUGAUUUGGGCCUUGUCCUUUUACUAGAUGUAGUUUGUAACACUGUCUUCAUUUUGUUUCUUAUAUCCCACUGCAGCUGCUCGUCUCCUGGCGUUGAGGGCCCUGUUCUCUGCACUCUGCUCCUACUUCUCCUGUCUCCUUCAUGAGUGUGGCAACAUUAAAACUUUAAAUUACCAGCUUGAUCUGCCUCUCGCGGACACGGUGAACUGAAGCAGGAACAGAAAAAUAAUCAAUUCACUGCAUUGUGCUGCUACUUCCUCUGUAUCCUUCACAAGCACAGCCACUGUAAAACUUUAAAUUGCCAGCAUAAUCUGACUCUCGCGGAUACAGUGGACUGAAGCAGGAACAGAAAAGUAAUCAAUGUAGGUUUUUACUCAAAGAAAUAGGCACACCAUUUCUUAACCAAAAGAUCAGAUUUGCCAAUAAAAUGUACAGUUCUGAUUUAAUAAUCAUGAACUAUUGUGCAUUCUGCCAAUGGAGACAGGUGUCUACCCCAUCUUCACCCCAUUAAAGUUCCCCCCUCCCAUUAUAAUAGUUUGUAUUAGGCAAUAUAGCCAGAGGUUUAAGUUCUCACUUUGGCUUUCUUAGAAGGAAAACUUGCUAGUGUUCAGCACAGAAUUAACCCUUACUGGUCAUUCCUCGUAGUUGGUGAAUAGUAAACAGUAAGAGGAAUCUCACCUGAUUGCUAUUUUUCUGCUGCAUUUCUCACUUCUAAGCCAAGGUCUACUCAGCUCCAUUCCCCCUCACUGCGCUUGGGCUCACUGUUCUCCCCUUCCUUCUCCCCAGUUCCCGCCAACCCACCCACAUUUAUUUUAACCUCACCACACUCACCUCAACCAACUACCCAGUCAAUAACCAAUUCCUUCCAGUUUAACAAAUUAACCACUCCCAUAACUAUCCCCUAACCCUACCUCCUUCACAAUACAUAAACUCUCUUAAUGCAGUAUCUUUCAUAGAUCACAUAGGUUCACAUCUACAUCAUGCACCCUCAACACAACAGUGUUACUUUUUCACAUAUCUAUUCUUAUCCUACUCAUAACAACCCCCUGUCACACCACUUUUCACAAUCUCAUGAUUAUCAGCAUAUAUUCUCCCACCUACCCUUUCCUCUCUCCACCUCAGACUUAUUACACUAACAUCUGUACAGCACCACACAUCUUCAAUGGUAUUAAAAUAGAACUGUUUUCAUAUAAAUACAUGCAAACAAUAACUUCAUAAAAGCAGUGUGUAAAUACACUAUCACCUGAACUCUUACACCCAUCUUUUAAUAAAAUAACACAGUUACAAUUAAGUGGUGACAUACACCUAAACCCAGGCCCUAAACCUAUACAACAAAUUUCUUACAGCACACAACAAACAACUCAAACAACAAAUUCCUUACAGCACACAACAAACAACUCAAACACCUUUAGCUGUCGUCCCUUCACCAACAUACCUUGAAAAGGCUCUGACAUUCUGCUUGUUAAUAUGAAUCUUAGGAGUCGAUUAAAUAAAAUACAUGAGUUCCAUGCUGCCCUCACCCUGUAAGCCUCUGACAAAGCAUCUUAACGGAAACUUGGCUUAAACCUCACAUAGACAGUAAGGAAAUCCUUGCUCCUGGCUACAACACCUAUAGCCUAGAUAGAAUACAAAUGUGAGGUGGAGGAGUAGCAAUAAUAUAUAAAGAUACACUAAUCUGGAACACUUACAAAUAAACCCUCUAGACCUAAAUAACACUGAAAUGCUAGCCUCAAGGUCAACCCCAAUAAACACAUUGUCAUAUUAUCAAUUUACAACCCUCCCAGCAACAACCCAUCUAUAAUUGAAUGUACUCUGUUGGUCAUCCACAGCAUUUAGCCAAGAAACCAUAAUAAUAGGGGACCUCAAUACUGACUGGCAUACUUGUUCCUCUGACAGCCCCUCCAACUACAUAAACUUGAAUGGUUUCACCCAGAUGAUACACUCACCUACAAGGAUAGACAAGCAUAGUAACAAGCAGCCAGUUCUUUACUGAACUCUAACCAGUAAACCCUCGCUUAGCUGUCACUUAGGAUGUCUCCCAGACAGCCUAAGUGACCAUCUAUCCACCUUCCUUCUUAGGCACCAUGACUGUCCUACUAAAAGUGUAAUACACAAACAAGUGCACAACAAAAGAAACUUCUCAGUCGAUACUUUUAAAUUUCUCCUCCAGAAUUGUGACUGGUCCCCACUUAAAUAUCUCCAUUUAGACUCAGCUGUUCAGUAUUGUAAAAAAAAAUUCCUGGAUAUUCUGUAUAAUCUGGCUGCCAUCAGAAAGGUCAGAACUAGAUUUUUCUACAGUCCUUAGCAAACUAAAGAAACCAUACAGUUACCAAAACAGAGAGACAAACUCUAGGCCCAAUACCAGGCCAACAAAAGCAAAGCCUCCUUUGAUAAAUAUCAGCAGAUAAGAAGCAAAUUAAGAAUGGUAAGAAAAACUUUUCUACACCAGAAUCCAACACAAACGCCAAAAACAUCCACAAAAAUUCUGGAGUACUAUUAAACAAAUUCUACAGCCAGGCCAAUCCUCAACCCCAACCCCCACUACCACUAAUUCUAAAGGAAAGUAUAGCUACCCAAUUCAACUCCUUCUUUACCAAUUAUAUACAUGCACUCGUAAAAAACAAUAAUAAAGCUCCACUAGUCACUCCACCUGAAACUAGUGUUACCCCCACUGCUGUCUUUCUACAACCUGUACAAACAAGUAAAAUAAACAAAUUAUUAAAAAAAAACUAAAGCCCACAUCAAUGGCUGCCAACCAGCUACCAAAUGAAUGCCUCAAGGUAGCAGCUGAUGCCAUCGGUUACCCUGUCUGAAUCUUGAUCAAUAGAUCUGUCUCAGAAUAGUGCAUCCCCAAGCUUUGGAAAAUUUCUUAAGUGAUCCCACUACACAAAGGUGGCUCCUCAAUAGAAUUUCCAAUUAUAGACCAAUAUCCAUUCUAUCAUCCCUCCUAACCAAUCAACCCAGACACUGUACUACAACUGCCCUCUUAACUUUCACUAACACUGUAAACCAACUCAGAAAUGAUAGGCAUUUUGUCUUCCCUUACUUUCUAGAUAUGUCUAAGGCAUUUGACACAGUAUCCCACCAAAAGCUCUUAAAUGAGCUUGCAUCCCUUAACAUAUCACAACAAGCCCUUUUCUGGUUCCAGAACUAUCUAUAUGAUCGAAAACAGAGCUGGGAAAUGGCAAAAAGAUCUCUUCCCUGCUACCCAUUAUGGUUGGUAUCCCACAAGGCUCAAUUUUAGGUCUACUCCUCUUUUCUAUCUUUACAAACAAACUUCACACAACUACUAGCCCUGCUACUAUCAUCCAGUACAUAGAUGACACCACUCUCUGUGCUGCACCCUAUCUACCACAACUUUAAGAAACUACCCAAAAAUCCUUUUCUGCCAUCGAAUCCUACCUUCUCAGCUAUCAACUUAUGCUAAAUUCUAACAAAACCAAAUCAGUGCUCUUCCCCAAUAACUAUAGCAAGUCCAAAAAUGACAGUCAUCCCUGUAAGAUCAUUUUUUUAUCCAACAACACAGUAAUCGAGACAGUCUCACAUACCAUGCUGCUAGGUGUCACUAAUGAUAGCAGUUUGAUAUUUAACAAACAUGUGUCACCUGUUAUUUAAAAAGCCCACGUAAAGUUAGGUUCUGUCUACAGAGUUAAGAAUUAUCUCACCAGCACCUCCAGACAAUCAAUUGCCAGGACCCACCUUUUGUGUACACUACUGUACGCCUUCCAUAUAUUCACAAACCUUAGAAAAUCUGACCUAAUUAAGCUAGAGACGUCUUACCACAAAUUCACCGCCAUCCAACCUUUUAUCCUUACACCAACUUUUACAGUAACUCACUCUGUCAUAUAUCAACCCGAUAAAUGCCCAGCCCUAAAACCUAGUACAAACCCACACCAAUAAUAGAACCCUAAGAUCUUCAGACAAAUUCCAGCUAAAAGUUUCUAAAUCCAGUAACAGCUUUGUGGAGUCUCGUUAUUCAAAUCAUAUCUCUAAAUCAUGGAAUUCAAUCUCUUAGCAUAUUAACACCAGUAACCCUGCCAUGUUCAAAAAACUGCUCAAAACACAUUUAAAUGACAAAUGUUUAUGCUCCUGCACAUCCCCAGGCUGAGC